GAGAGCUGGUUUUUAUUGUGCCUGGUAGGUGGUCCAACAGGCGGCUGUGGGUUCAGUUAAGGUAAAACGGGUAGACGCUUACCAGGCGUACGGUUAAUUGUGUCACCGCUCCUCAGUGUUGUUCCUGCUCACAGGAUCGAGUGAUAGCGUGUCGACACUGGUUAUGUUUUGUUCACUUUUUCGGAUCGCCGCUGUAAACUGUGACGUCAAGCUAAGAAAAAUUUAGCCAUCGUAAUUUCAAAACAAAAGCGUCGCAUUUGACCCGGUUGGAUAAACGUGUAGAACAAUGCAGAAAAAGAUGCUUGGGGUAAUUUAGAAAUGGCGUCAGCACGUGGUUUCUCCAGGUGAGUGGCUGUCUACAGCACAUGUAGCAGAGUACACAUCACAGCUGAGCAGACAGUGGUGUGGGGUCAAGCAGGGUCCAGUAUGCCAAAGGAACAGCCUUCCUUGGAUGAGCACAGCCCUCGCUCUACACUCAGCAAGAAUGCUAAAGAUAAGAGCAACAAUACCGCUCUGCUGGCAAUACGUGACACUACAGGCGCAGAUGAUUCCAGCAGACGGGGCUCCCACUGCAGCUCAGAAAAGGACUCCGGCUUCUCUGAUGGCUCAGACUGGCAGCAGGCAGAUGUGGAGGACCAGCAGAGAAACAAAAGCCAGUCCAGAGCCGGUGAAAAUGGAGAAACAUCACAAAACCAAGAACAUGUGCAAAGGAAUUCUGGGAGUCCUCCAGUGAUGCCUGAAGGACAUCACCAGCCACCCACCUACAUCAAGGACAUGAUGCUUAAGCAGCAGCCAGGUGAGAUCAGGAAAAGAGGUCAGCUUCUCUGGAAAAACAGCAUCAAAGGCAUCAGCCAUUCUGGUUCUCCCCAAAUGAUCCUUUUCCAGCAGCCCGGCUUGUUGCCUGCUACCUUCCAGCUUCCAAAGCCCUCGUCCCGAAAGUUUAAUGUUGCAGGACAGAAAAUACCUGGUUCCUACUUACCCAUUCUGAACUCCUAUCCACGCAUAGCACCACAUCCCAGCAAGAAGUCACCUGAUAAAUUUUCAUCGAUCCACGAAUCCCAGAAUCUCAACAAAAGAGCAUGCACAGAACAAAAGAGUGAAGACCCAGCUGUGACUAAGGGUCUGCCAGAGCGACACCUUCAUAAACAGCCUAAGUUGGCAGUCUCAGCUGCUGGCGUGCCAUGUUCUUCUCCACCCAGAGAUAGAUUAUCUGCCUCUAGUCCCACCACUGCUUCCAUGAGCCAGAGGUCUCCAUCUGAGUCCAGUCAGGACACCAGCUACUCCUUAUUCACAACCAGUUCGGUUGGGCUUCACAGACACGCCACUGCUAGUAUUCGCCACCGCCGUUUCCUGAACACAGUAAAAAUCCUCAGACAGUCAGGUCUGUUGGACAUUACGUUGCGCACAAAGGAGCUGAUGCGUCAAAGCAACGCCACACAGCGGGACCUUACCCAGCUGCGGCAGCACACGGAGCUGCUCUGCCAGGCUGCCAGCAACCCCAGCAUCAACCUGAAUGGUGUCACUGUUUGGGAACAUCUCUAUCGAGCUAUGGCCAAGUCUGGCAGUUAUCCCAACCUUAAAGUCCUGCAGAAUUUCCAAACCUCUUCUUGGCCAGAUUCCGCCAGUCCACCAGAAAGUAUUUCCAAAGGUGACACCAACGGGCCACAAGCUGUUGCACAACAGCAGCGUCAGCCAAAACAAGACGGGAAGCUCAAGGCCGGUGAGACAUCCACAGACAGAGUUAGCUUUACACCUCCUGAUAGUUCUACUGGUUAGCCCAGUCUGAAGUGCCUUUUGAAGGGUGAGGUUUUAGCUGUGGAUGAUUAGUUUUAUGAUAAUUUAAACCCAGUGUUACAGGAGACAGAAUAUUUCUGCUGGUCCAUGGAAAGCCAGCAAUGACCCAGCUUUAGUACUAACUGUAUGUGUUACAGCUUUCAGACAUUAUACAGCUGGUCCGUAAUUAAUGCACUUAAGUGCAGUUAUAUCCAGAGUCACCAUCUGAUGACAGAUGAUGGUAUAUCUGCUUAAGAUACACUUAAAGAAAAUAAAAGAGAAAAUAAAAUGUUUCCCAAGGAGAACGGAGACUGCACUUUAUGCAGUAUGUAUUAAGUUUGGUUGGUGUUUCUGUUGUGUCAAAUCAACCACAUUCAAGGAAAGAUGAAUAAAUAACGGUUCUUUGAUAUAUUG